AUGGCUCAGAAAGAGAAAGUCCUCCUCGCCUACUCUGGCGGCCUCGACACCAGCUGCAUCCUCGCCUGGCUCCUCGAGCAGGGCCAUGAGGUCGUCUGCUUCCUCGCCGAUGUCGGCCAGGCUGAGGAUUUCAAGGAGGCAGAGCGCAAGGCCCUCGCCGUCGGUGCAAAGAAGCUGGUCGUCGAGGACCUCAAGAAGGAGUUCGUCGAGGAUCUCUGCUUCAAGGCCAUCCAGUGCAAC